GAAAUUGACAUUUGAUAUUUAAAUAACCUCAAAUUUAAAUUCAAUAUCGUUUGUUGCAUUCAUGAAUAAAAACACAUUAGCAUAACUUUCACUUAUUCAAAGCUCUUGCUGUGUUACUGUUUUCCAUGACGCUGCGACUAAUACGCGUCAUACGUAAUUCAAUUGUAUUACCAACUGAAAAUUGUUCACAUUAUUUCGAUUUUCGUCGCCAUUGUACGUUUUUACGUAGCGAAUACCGUUAUACGGAGUGGGGAUUGCGACGCGCGAGGGGGGUAGUACGUAUCAGCGCCGUUGGAGCGCGAGUUCACUCUGUCACUCGGUCAUUACGGUAUUUCUACACAGCGCGUCCUACAUUCACGAUCGUGAAAGAAAGAGUGACAAUGCCCGAAAACAAACAAUUUCAGCGUCUUCCUCGAUUCGUGGUUCCCAAACAUUAUGAUUUGGAGUUGAUUCCGAAUCUAGAGAAAUUCACAUUCACGGGAAAAACAGCAGUGAAAGUAUCGGUCUUGAGAUCAACAAGUGAAAUAGUGCUAAAUUGUUUGGAUUUGGAGCUUAACAAUGUCAAACUUCAAUAUGAAGGUGGUUCGGAGCCUAUCACGCCGAUCGAAGUUCGGCUUAACGCUGCAGAUGAAACUGCAACAAUUCUAUUUGACCGCCCACUUGCGGAAGGUGAGGCGACACUCCUCUGCGAGUUUAAAGGCGAGAUCAACGACAAAAUGAAGGGUCUCUAUCGCAGCAAGUACCUGACUCCUAGUGGUGAAGAGCGCUAUGCAGCUGUCACGCAGUUUGAGGCUACAGAUGCCCGUCGUUGCUUUCCCUGCUGGGAUGAGCCUGCCAUUAAAGCGACGUUUGAUAUUACUCUCGAAGUACCUGCUGACCGUGUAGCCUUGUCUAAUAUGCCUGUCAAAGAAGAGAAACUGAAGGGAGACCAUAAGAGAAUUCAUUAUGACACUACUCCUAUAAUGUCCACUUACCUUGUAGCUUUUGUUGUGGGUGAAUAUGACUAUGUGGAGAAGAAGUCUCGUGAUGGUGUUUUAGUGAGAGUGUAUACACCAGUAGGUAAGAGCAAACAAGGAUUGUUUGCUCUGGAAGUGGCAGCAAGAGUACUUCCCUAUUAUAAGGAGUAUUUCGAUAUAGCCUACCCAUUGCCAAAGAUUGACUUGAUUGCUAUAGCUGAUUUCUCUGCUGGUGCUAUGGAAAACUGGGGCUUGGUGACAUACAGGGAGACUUGCUUGCUAGUGGAUGAAGAACACACUUCAGCCGUAAGGAGGCAAUGGAUAGCUCUGGUAGUGGGCCAUGAACUGGCUCACCAGUGGUUUGGCAAUCUGGUCACCAUGGAGUGGUGGACACACCUUUGGUUAAAUGAAGGUUAUGCUUCAUUUGUGGAGUUCCUCUGUGUCAAUCAUCUGUUCCCUGAAUAUGAUAUUUGGACUCAAUUUGUCACAGAAAAUUAUAUCAGAGCAUUAGAAUUGGAUUGUUUGAAAAACUCCCAUCCCAUAGAAGUUCCUGUAGGGCACCCAUCAGAAAUUGAUGAAAUAUUUGAUGACAUAUCAUACAACAAGGGUGCAUCUGUAAUCCGCAUGCUUCAUAAAUACAUUGGGGAUGAUGACUUCCGUAAAGGCAUGAACAUUUAUCUCACAAGACAUCAGUACAAAAAUACAUUCACAGAGGAUUUAUGGGCUGCUUUGGAAGAGGCUUCCAAUAAACCUGUUGGAGCUGUUAUGUCCACAUGGACCAAACAGAUGGGAUUCCCUGUAGUUGAGGUGAGCUCGGAACAAAUAGGCUCUGACAGAGUUCUAAAGCUGACACAGCAGAAGUUCUGUGCUGACGGUAGUCAAGGUGGGGAUACACUGUGGAUGGUGCCUGUUACAAUUUCAACACAGGAGCAACCUUCCAAGGUAGCAUUAUCUACUGUGUUGGAAAAGAGACAGCAAGAAGUUAUUUUGAAGGAUGUAGCAGAGACUUCUUGGGUUAAGCUUAAUCCUGGUACAGUGGGAUAUUACCGAACUCGUUACCCAGCCUCAAUGCUGGCGCAGUUGGUGACAGCCGUCCGCGACGGAUCAUUACCACCACUUGAUCGCCUUGGUCUACUGGAUGAUUGCUUCGCCUUAGUGCAGGCUGGCCAUACGCAAACCGCAGAGUCUCUGAAACUUAUUGAAGCCUUUACUAAUGAAACAAACUUCACUGUGUGGUCUUCGAUUUCCAACUGCUUAUCGAAACUGAGUGCCUUAUUCUCACAUACGCCACUUGACAAGCCCUUGAAGAACUACGGCCGCAAGCUAUUCUCGAAUAUAACUCGACGCCUGGGUUGGGAUGCCGAGGAAAAAGAAAGCCAUCUCGACACAUUGCUCCGAAGUUUGGUCCUCAACAAAAUGAUCAGUUUUGAAGACCCUGAAACUAUUAAAGAAGCAAAGAGCCGCUUCGAGAAGCACAUAUCGGGUGCGUGCACUCUGCCAGCGGACUUGCGCUCGGCGUGCUACCGCGCGGUGUUGGCGGACGCGGACGAGGCCACCUUCCAGCGCUUCCUGGAGCUCUACCGCGCCGCCGACUUGCACGAGGAGAAGGACCGCAUUAGUCGUGCGCUCGGUGCGGUCAAUGAUCCCACGCUGCUGAAGAAAGUUCUCGACUUUGCCAUCUCGGAUGAAGUGAGGUCUCAAGAUACAGUUUUCGUCAUAGUUUCUGUGGCAGUCAGUAAAAAUGGUCGCGAUCUUGCUUGGGAGUUCUUCAAGGACCAUUGGCAGCAAUUUAUGGAUAGAUACCAGGGUGGCUUCUUACUUGCUCGAUUGGUGAAGUCUACCACGGAAAACUUCGCCUCUGAAACCAGUGCGCAAGAGAUCGAGCAGUUCUUCCGCACUCAUCAGUCUCCCGGCACGGAGCGGUCGGUGCAGCAAGCACUCGAGACCGUGCGCCUCAACGCAGCCUGGUUGCGUCGUGACCUCGCUUCCACCACUGCGUACCUGCAACCUUAUCAUUGACCACAACCGGUACAUCCCCAGUAACUUACCGAUUCUGAGCUAUGAUGUAGAGUAAAAAUAAUCUGCCGCCGAAAUAUACUAUUUUUGUUAUAUUAUCAAUAGUAAAUUAUUUUCAGGACCAAAUGACACAAGACUGAAAACUACAACGAAAUCUACAGAAAUGUUGCAUCUUGCAUUAUUUAUUUCCAAUUACGAAAAUUUACAUUAUUAAAAAUGGCUCAAAGUUUCUGUGUGCACGAUUCUACUGUAGCUAGCUAUGAAUUACAAUUUGCUAAUUGUCUGUGUUAUAAGAUUGGUUCGAGUUAUUGGGAAUUGUUGCUAAAUUGAUAGUUCAACUGUAGUUUUAUUAAAGUUUGAAGUAACCAGUCAGGCAGACAGUUUAAAAGUUGUUUUAAUUGUUGUUUCAGAAAUUAAUAUUUUUAUCGUAACUGCAAAUUAAAGCUGUGUAGAUUUGCUAUGAACCAAUUUUGGUAAGAGUUGUAGUGCAUAUUAUAGUGGUUAAAACUCAAUAUUAUUACUAAAUAAGCCAUUCUUGCAUGUACUUGUUUUUUAUUACAAAAUAAUUAAAGUUAUACAUAUUUAGCCUUACUAAAUAAAGGGCCUAUUGGUUUCUUUAAAAUAUAUUAAAGAGGCUUCUAACACUGGUGUAAAUCACCUCAUGAAAUGUUUAUGUUUUCUUUGAAACUUAUUUUUCGCCCGGUAGCAAGAGCUUCGGGCUGUUUCCGUACAUUAUAUUUUGUAAAUGUGUAUAAAUAUUAUUUAAUUUUUGUUGAACAUGUCGAGUGUUUUACAUCUGGUGCUGAGUGCAUUUUUGUUUAGUUUCAGUUCUGUAGUGAUGUAAUUCACUACUUGAAUAAAAGUUUGUGCAAUUUUUUCAUAUUUAUAAAUUACGUUUUAUGAAAUGUAAUCUAUUUUCAAAGAUAUUUUAAUGCACAUUAUUUUACUUCUAACAAUUUACGUAAGAAUUAAGUAGGAUUUGUUUUAAGUAUUUUAAUUUGCCUUGAGUACCUAAAAUUGUUGCUUUUGUGAAUAGUAAAAUAAUGAGUAUUGAAAUCAUUCCUGAUUAUUUAUUUGUUGACAUGCAAGCUUAGUCAAAAUUGUGAUUUUGGGGCUAUAACAAUUUAAAGUUACCAUUAGUGUCGCAUUUGUUGUCAUCACUGAUUUGUUUUGUAAGACUGUGUUAUCGCAAUAAAUCGUACAAAAUAUA